GGGCGGGGAGUCUCGGCCGUGACGCUGUGACGGAGCUCUGACGUGGACCCUGACGUAGACGCUCAUCUUCCAGUAGGAGUUCGAGUUAGCGUCCCCGACUGUCGACGUAACGGCCAGAUUCGUGGGAACAGCCUAGAUCGUCUCCCAGGAUGGCUUCAUACCAGCCACAGUCCCACACCUAUCUCCAGUGGGGAGGAAAUACAAUGCAGGUUGCUGAUCGUAACGUCCGCUUUGCCAUGGAGACUAUCAGGAUGGAGGGCGUGGAUGGCGGUGGGUCUGGAGGAGGCAGCGGAGGCAAUAGCAGCGACCCCUUGGCCACAGUAAGCAGCGAGGGAGGCGGUGGUGGAGGAUCUAUGCCUGCCGUGUCCACCGUCUAUGUCACCAUCCCCCAGGCCGCCAGCAUCGUCUCCGGGGGCUCCAAGGGCAUAUCGAGUGUGAUACAACAGCCACAACCAAGUGUCAUCCAAAGUACAGCCUUACAAGCUGUGCAACUUUCUACUAAAGGAAACGUGAUCCUUCUCAAACAGCCUUCACAGACUACCAACUCGGUUAUUCAGUCAGCAGGUGGAGGCACUCUGCAGACAGUACAGGUUUUGGAUGCAGGUGACGACCAAGACUCGUCACGUAAACGACAAAUCCUGGCUAGACGGCCAUCUUACCGUAAAAUUCUCAAUGAACUAGGUGGAGGUGAGAUAUCAGACAAAGGCGACGCAGGUAGUUCAGAUUCCUCCCAGGACGAACCGACGGGAACGGUAACCAUCGGGGGGCAGCAAUAUCAGACUGCAGGUUUGUUGAAAGUACUCCCAGCCGGCAGUCUGCAGCUAACCGGGCAGGGUAGCGACGGCCUCCAGACCAUCGCCAUGACCAACGCUACCACAGCUGGUGGAGCCAUCGUCCACUAUGCCCAAGGCUCAGACCCACAGUUUAUUGUUCCAGUGUCGGCAGGUGACCUGAGUGGCCUGAAGAUUGCUACAAGCGGUGGCACUGGCAUCGCACAAGGUGUGGUUUUAGCGACAACAGCUUCUACAGGCGUCCACGGAUCAAACGAUCAAAUGGCAGAGGAGGCAUCACGGAAGCGGGAGAUUCGGCUGAUGAAAAACAGGGACGCGGCAAAAGAGUGCCGAUGGAAGAAGAAAGAGUAUGUGAAAUGUCUGGAGAGCCGAGUUGCUGUGUUGGAGAACCAAAACAAAGCACUCAUAGAAGAACUAAAAUCCUUAAAAGAUUUGUACUGCCAACAAAAUACAGAAUAGUGUGUGUCAAAAAAUAUGAGAAUCACUGCUUGUGAUAAUGUGACCUGAAUUUUAAUUAUCAUUAUUAAACCAAUCCUAUACUUACGGUCAUCUUCCGAGAAGCUUUGACCCGUGAAGAGAAGUGUCCUUGUAGUGACGUAGCCCAAAGCUGUUGAGGAGAAGUGUCACAGCAACCACAGUAUAAAAGGCUGCACUAAUCCGGUGAUAUUAUUAAAAAUGUCAUUUAAUUAUUGUGUUUGUUGCUGCUGAAAAGUAUAUUAUAAUUGUCAUUUCUUGGAUUUUUUGCACUGCAUUUCACGUCGUUAAUGGUCAGCUACAUAAUAUUUAUGAGUAACUUCAUGGCCCUAUGAUUUGAAUUGUAUGUGAUAGUCCUGUUGGUUUUAAGAUCAGCUGUCCCAAGAUAACAUGGCAGUUUGAGUUUUAUCAUAUUCUGAAGAAUUAAAAUAAACUGAGAAGAAAUUAAAGAGGAAUAGCUGAGCUUAACAACCGAGGAACUGUAAGUUAUCAUCGUGUAUUCAUCAGAGUUUGUCUAUAUACCGGAUAAUGUAUGUCUUGAUAUUAUCUGGUCAAAUGGUACAGGAGUUCUUGAAGCAUUUCCCCUGUGUAACUGUGGCUAUCAUUUUUUUUUAACUUCAAGCAUAAAGAAAUUACAAAUUUUAUUAGGACGCCUUAAUAUUAACUGAAGUCUAGUGAUAAAACAUUUUUUUUUUUCCUUGUACGAACCUUUGCAUAUGUGAGUGUUCUGUUGCUAGUCAAUCACUGCGGUUGAGAAUCGCUGUUGUUUGUUUGUUUAAUCUCACGUUGCACAUUACACCUGGGGAUAUUGUUCAUCUUGUGUUGAAGAGACUGAGUAUAUGUUUUAUUAUUUAACCUCUUGUCUUGGAUUCAUUAUAGGGCCAAAUUAUCAAACAUUGUAAAUUUGUUAUAUAAACUUAUGUCAUGGAUUUGCUUCACUAUAGGGCCAAAUUUUCAAGUACUGUAACAUGUAGGAUGUGCUAUCAUUCAGCGUGUCAGUGAGAAGGUUUCCACGUAUCUCAAGAUGUGUUAAUCAGUUCAAAUUAGUUUACCAGAUAUGUUUAGAGAUUGAUUCAUUGUUAUAAAUGAAGUGACAAGGAAAGAAUUUUAUUUCUUUUCAUUAUUUUCUUUUCAUUAAUGUCUAGUGUCUAGAUAUGAAUGAUUAUCUGGUUUGUGAUCUUCAUUUUGGUCUUCUUUUAAUUUUUAAAACAUUAUUUGACAUACAUACAGACUUAAAAUUUGAUAUGCAUUUAUUAUUUAUUGAAAAUAAUUAAAAUAUUAGUUGAAUAAAACAGUAGAUACAAUUGGUUAAUAUGUUGAAAUGUGAUUGCUGUACUGGUGUGAAUAUGUCCCAAGUCUGCAGUACUUUAGUUAAUCAACUGACAAUUUGAGAGUUUUUACUACAUGGAUAUUUUAAUCUAUUGUAAUAUGAUGAUGAGGAUCAAAUGCCUUUUGUUUUAUAUGGACUAAUAUGAAAGAUCUCAUACAAUGAGCUCCUUGUGUCAAACUUUUUAUUUAUUUAUUUUUUUGUGUAGAACACUGAAACAAUUACCACCUGUAUUUUGUGACUGUAGCUUCAGAGUGAAAAUGUUUUAAGUCCUUCAUAGAUAUAUAUAAUUUCAAUUUCAAUUGUAUAUUCCUUGAAAGAGGAAGCGGGAUCCUAGUGCUGUCAAUAUAUAUAUAUAUAUAUAUAUAUAUAUAUAUAUAUAUAUAUAUAUAUAUAUAUAUAUAUAUAUAUAUAUAUAUAUAUAUAUAUAUAUAUAUAUAUAUAUAGUAGUAUAUCAGUUUCAUUCUCUUAAAGAUAAAUAGAUAAAAAUGGUUUACAGAUGUUUAUUUAAUAGUGUCCUUAAGUGUUGUUAGCUGAUUUGUUCUGACAAAUCACUCAUUUGAGAACAUUAUAUUUUGUAGUAAAUUUUUUGGCUUAUCCUUUUAAACUAUGAAGUUAAAACAUUUUGGUGCUGAAGCAACUUGGUGUGAUAAGGAAGAUCUAAUUCUUUUUUGUUAUGAAAAUUAAUGGGAUAAAUAGGACGUAUCUUCCCAAACAGAUGUAUUUUGUUUGACUAAAAUCUCGAACUGAUUGUUAGGUCAUCCCAGGUGUAACCAAAGUGAUCAGUUUAAUGUGACGCAGUGCAAUGUUUUGUAGGACCCUUCUGUAACACAAGGAGAUGAGUAUUACUGUAUUUAUAUACCAUUGGCUGGAAAAUAAUUGUUAGAGUUGAUAUACAGUACCUGGUGUUUUGCCUUGCCUGCAGGCAAACACUGGGGCAGACUCCUGUUAACUGUAUUUAAUAUCAUGUUUAAUAUAUUGUGCAGUUAGCAUCUUGCACCUAAGUUAACUGUUCUUGGUUAUAUAUAAUUCCAUCCUUGGACAGUCAUUUUCUUAAAGUAGCCAAUGCUGAAAUGCCAAACUGAGUUUCAAUUUUUUUUUUUUUAUUAUGUCAAGCAGAAUACUUGUUUAAAUUAACAUACAGUAUUUUGAUACUUGCUAUUCUUACAUAUGUUUUCUAAUAACGUCAAGUGUACUAUCAUAUGUUUAUUUAGCAAUGGUAUUUUAAAAAAUGAUUGCUACAAGAGUGGCUUUAAUUUUGUGGACAUGAAUAUACAAUUUUAUGUAAAUAUACACUUAAUGUUUGGCCAUGUAAAUGUGCCCCAAACAUAAAUGCCUACCAGAAUGAGAGAUAAGUAUUUUUGAAGAUUAAACUGUUGUUGAAUA